UCUCAGAGAACUGUGAUCAUCUUUAAUGGAUAAAGGCUUCUUCAGAGCUGUGUCUGUGUACGGCUGUAGUUGGAGGGUGAAUGCUCCACAGUAGCAUUCCCUGACUUCCUUCAAGCCUGGCAAGUAUCAGUUACAUAGAAGAUGCCCCUGGAAGUUACGUUUCAGAUUUCUUUUUUUAACUUUUCAGAACAUCAGCUAAGUAAUAACUUUGUUUUGUUUUUGUUUUUGGUAUAUUGGCCGCCCCGGGGCCGGCCAUGGAGUAGACAUUCACGUACUUUAGUUAACAAAUGUUUUUGCUAAAGUUGGGUUGUACUAAAUUAUUCCACCCUGAUUUUGUGUGCUAAUCCAUGUAUAAUAAGGAAGUAAUAGAGCGCAUGCGGUAUUCUUAGGUUUCGUUAAUACAUUUAAUUGCUUAACCUUUAGAAAUGGGAGUGAACUAAAACCAAAUUUUAGCUCAACUAUCUUUCUUUCUGGACAUUGUAAUCAAAUUUCAGUAGAUGCACUUCAGUAACUUAAAUAAGGCCUUUGUGCUGAGGCACACGUCAGUGCAAAGGAGAAUCACAUCCAAGUCUUUACUCUGAAAAUACAGAAGUUAUAUGAGCUCCUCACUGGAUAACCAUUAUGCCAGAAUUAACUUUUCAGGUACUUGUGGAGCCGAUGAGAUUUACUGGCUUAUAUUGUCAUCCACUGUGUAACUCUUCCCCAACAUCUGCCUGCAGGAAGAAGACAGUUAGGAUGUCUGUGGUAACUGGAAGGCUGAGAGAUCCUGACAUAAAUCCUUGCUUGUUGGAAUCUGAUGCUUCUACCAGAUGUAUGGAUGAAAAUAACUAUGACAGAGAAAAGUGUUCCACUCACUUCUUGAAGUACAAAAACUGCCGGAAGUUCUGGAAUUCUGUCAUGAUCCAGAGAAGACGGAAUGGAGUGAAGCCGUCUAUGCCUACAGCCGCAGAGAGAGACGUAAUCUUGGGAGCAGUGGGCAAGAUGCCCUAUUGAGUGUUUGCAUUAAAGUGGUUUAUUUAACUCAGAAGCAGAUGAACAUGUUUAAUAAGUGGUUACGGUAACUUCUUAAGACCUUCCAGGCCUUACCCAGACAGAUCUCAGAUUCCACCAGGGGAAGCCCUGUGUCCUCUGUGUUUGCUCUCAGUGCCAUAACGAGAGCAGGCCACUCUGGCUGUGCUGUGUCACCAAGUUUACAAGACUUCCUGAAGGCAAGGGAGCGUCAGGAAAGACUCCAUGAAGAGUUGAGCUUUGCUGCUGGGUUUCGAAAGAGAAGUAAGUCGUGAACGAGGAAGGACUUAAUGGGGGUGAAAGGGAAGCAGUGCUUGUGAUGUGAGUGACAGCAUGACGGAGGGAAAGCUGGAGCCACAUCUGGAGAGCACUGUGUAGACGGUUCCCCUGGAGGGUGAGGUGGGGCACUGAGUGGCGGGGAGAAGACGGGAAGGUAAAUCCAGGCUGGGUGCGUGGUGGGCGUCUAAUACCAGUGCGUUGGUAAGAUCCCUGCCCUGACUUCACUCACGUACCUCGGUUAAAAAAGGUUAGGGGAGCAGAGGGGAAAGGCAGGGUUGGCUUAAGUGGCAUGAAAAAGAACUGGCUUUCUUCAUUUUCUUUCUUUAAGGAAAGGCUUAGUCAAAGGGUUCUGUAACUCAGAUCUGUGAAUACUGGCCAACCUUGUGAAGGGGUGGUAUCCUUGAACCACAGUAAUGGAAAGAAAAGGUGAUACUUUCAGAAGUAGGAUUUCUACUUGCAGGAUGAGGUGGACAAGAAGGGUUUGGGGCUCAUCAGGUGACUGCAACACAGGAUGAGGCUGGAGCUCAGCUUCAGUGUAUGAUGUGAAAGCAGGAACGUUCAGUAUAGUGACCGGGGUGGAUUGUGUAGCAGCUCUCCCGCUCACUGCCUCUUAAAAUCCAGUUUGUUUCAUUUACAGAAUUGUACAAGAUAACAUUAUUUGAUAAGAUUUAAUGUACUUAUAAAGUCAGUGAAAACAAAUAGUUUGUGUCCCUUUUUUUCCUCUGGUCCCGGAGCAAGAGUAUUAUUUUAACGGAUGCUGACAACAGACUAUCCAUCUCGUUGGUCUGAAUCCAAAACCCAGGUCAGAUGUUUUUAAGUCAUAUGAUCUUGAUUUCCAAAUGUGAUUCUAUUUGAGUAAAAGAUGGAUUCUUUCAGAAAUUCUUUGAUUUGUACUGAUUGCUCUAAAAUGAUGGAUUAAAAUAGGAGCUGACAAGAAACUAAUACAUACUGUGUAAGAAGCAUUUCAGUACUAGUAAGCUUGUUCAAGGGUUUGGAAUUUUAAUGUCACCCUUUUAAAGGUACGUACCAACAGCAGCAUUCAUCCGGUAGCUAUUUGUCCUGGCCUAGCCCCCCCCCUUUUUUU